CGGCGCGGCGCAUUGGCUGAUUCGCGGCAGCUCCGAGCGGCAGCGCUGUGCCUCGCUUGGCUCCCGGCAGCCGCGUCAGGCUCUCUCUCUCUCUCUCUUUCUCUCAAUCUCUCUCUCUCCUUCCUCCUUUCUUUCCAUGCUGGCCCAAAGCGCUCUCCCACACGCGCCGGGGUCAGCCACGUCCGGCUCUUUCUCAGGGUCUCUCUCUGCUCCAAGGGGGACGCCCGAGCCCAGCCAUUGCCACGGGAAGAACAUUUUCCUUGCGGCCCUGUCAAAGAAAGACGAUCCGAUGGACUUACACCGGGCAGCCUUCAAGAUGGAAAACUCCUCCUACCUUCCCAAUCCUCUGGCAUCUCCAGCCCUGAUGGUUCUUGCUUCUACCGCUGAAGCUAGCCGCGAUGCUUCCAUCCCUUGCCAGCAGCCAAGGCCCUUUGGCGUCCCUGUGUCGGUGGACAAGGAUGUGCACAUCCCGUUCACCAAUGGCUCCUACACGUUUGCCUCGAUGUAUCAUCGGCAAGGCGGGGUGCCAGGAGCAUUCACUAACCGUGAUUUCCCACCUUCCUUGCUGCAUCUCCACCCCCAGUUUGCUCCCCCCAACCUGGACUGCACCCCAAUAAGCAUGCUGAACCACAGUGGGGUUGGGGCCUUCCGCCCCUUUGCCUCCACUGAGGAUAGGGAGAGCUACCAGUCGGCUUUUACACCUGCCAAGCGCCUGAAGAACUGCCAUGAGACUGACUCUCCCCACCUUCGCUUCUCAGAUGCUGAUGGCAAGGAGUAUGAGUUUGGAGCCCAGCUCCCAUCUGGCUCUCCCAGCUCUCUCAAAGUUGAUGAGACAGGGAAAAAGAUCUUUGCUGUCUCUGGCCUCAUUUCCGACCGGGAGACCUCAUCCAGCCCUGAGGACCGAAAUGAGAGAUAUAGAAGUGACAGCCAAGGAGGGCCGACAGCAUCUGCAGGGGCCAGCCAGCGCAUGACAUUAACUUUCCCUCUCUGCAAGAAGAAGGCAACACUUUUUGACAGCCAGGCCCCCAUCUGCCCUAUCUGCCAGGUCUUGCUUCGCCCAGGUGAACUGCAAGAACACAUGGAACAAGAGCUGGAGAAAUUAAAACAGCUGAACAUCAGUAAGAACUCUAUAUUGAAGGAUGUCAUGGCUCCAGGCACUCCCAAGUCAAUUUUGUUGUCAGCCUCAAUCAAGCGGGAAGGAGACUCUCCAACAUCGCCUCACUCCUCAGAUGAUAUCCAUCACUCAGACAGAUACCAGACAUUCCUGCGAGUGAGAGCAAACAGACAGACCCGACUGAAUGCUCGAAUUGGGAAAAUGAAACGGAGGAAGCAAGACGAAGGACAGGUAUGUCCCCUCUGCAGCCAGCCUCUCUCAGGAUCCGAGGAGGAGAGGAGUGGGCAUGUCGAACAAUGCCUUGCAAAGAGGGAAGGUUCAUGCAUGAUGGAAGAUGACUCUGUUGACAUUGAAAAUGAGAAUGGUAAUCGCUUUGAAGAAUAUGAAUGGUGUGGACAGAAGAGGAUACGUGCUACUACCCUCUUAGAAGGAGGUUUCAGAGAAUGUUCAGCAUUAACUCGAUUUUGGCGCUGGGGCCAGCUGCUCCGAGGGCAAGCGGAGCAGAGCUGUGUACACAGCGCUGGAGGGCUACUGUGCUCUCAAGGAUCUGGGUUUGUCAUGUGCAGCGGCAAGGAGAAUCCAGACAGUGAUGCUGAUCUUGAUGUGGAUGGAGACGACACACUGGAAUACGGGAAACCACAAUAUACAGAGGCAGAUAUCAUUCCAUGCACUGGAGAAGAACCAGGUGAAGCCAAAGAAAGAGAAGCACUUAGAGGUGCAGUCUUAAACGGUGGCACACCUAGUACCCGGAUAACACCAGAAUUUUCUAAAUGGGCAAGUGAUGAAAUGCCAUCAACAAGUAAUGGGGAGAGCAGUAAACAGGAGCCUAUGCAAAAGACCUGCAAGAACAGUGACAUAGAGAAAAGGAGCCAACCAAGAAAUGCAUUACUUCCCUCUACUCCAAGGAGGAGAUCAAGUUGUUCAAGGAUUACAGAGGACUCAGCAGUGACAACGUUUGAGGCACUAAAGGCUCGCGUACGUGAAUUAGAAAGGCAGCUCUCCCGUGGGGACCGCUAUAAAUGUCUCAUUUGCAUGGAUUCCUACACAAUGCCCUUGACCUCCAUCCAGUGCUGGCACGUGCACUGUGAGGAAUGCUGGCUGCGGACUCUGUUUGACCACUUCUGACACUGGUCCAGGAAUUUCUCCAGCCCCAGGACAGCUUUUAAGAAGCACUACGAGCUGCAGCAGGAAAAAUGAAUUCUGAAAAUCUUUCUUUCAAAACAAAUGGAAUCCCACCAAACACUGCAAAGUUUACAACCUGAUAUAUUUGUAUCUGUAUUUUAAUAUCAUGAGAUGCUGUUUGGAUCCACAUCAUUGUAACAAAGGCACUGUCAGGCACUAAGGAUGAAUGGCAGGGCUGCUGAGUAGUUCCAUUCCAGCUGCAAAUAAAUCUGAACACAAAUAUGCUUCUGAAAAGACAAAAUAACAUAGAACUGAUUAGCAUAUUCUACUGCUAAAAGAACCUGGUUAACUUGUUAAAAGGAACUUGUUAAUAGGUGAAGUCACUGAAGGCUUGUUGGUAGCCUACAAGUUGCAUCCUGUUCAUGUAGCAGUUUAUUUUGUUAUGUAGUAAUCCUGGCAAAUAUUCAAUCAUGGGAAAACAACAUUUUCCCAGUUUCAUGGGCCAAAGAAAAGGGAGUUAAUUUUUAUAAGAAUAAGAUUUACUGUUGCACACUUCCAUGCACAAGUUUUGUAUUCAGUUUCUCAAUGAAUUAUUAUUAUUAUUAUUAUUAUUAUUAUUAUUAUUAUUAUUAUUAUUCCCCGCUUUAUCUCCCCCAAAGGGGACUCAAAGAGGGUAAUAAUAAUUAAUUGUAGAAGCUAUGCUAUUCUUGUGCAACUUGUAUGCAUUCCUCCUUUUCCUAUGAGCCCACAGGGCUUCUUGGAGAUUUGAAUUGGGGCCGGGGAAGCCUCUGGCAUUGCAUCAGCUGUGAUGCAGAAAUCUCCCCUCCUGCGUCUACCACCUUUAUUUCCAGAAGGGCCAGUUGGGUUCCAUCCCAGUAUAUUUUACAUAGCAAAAUAGGGGAACUCCAGAGGUUAAGUUAAAGUGUGUAUAUCUUACUUGGACAGUAUAAGCAUUAACUUUGCCUGUUAUCUUGACUAAGAGGCACUUGUAUCUUUCAAAGCUAAACGAUCCUGCUGUCAAAACACAAUAACUGCUUGCAAAAGGCAACUGUAGGGAUAAUAGUAAGGAGAAGAGCUAGUUCCGGUUGGAGCCCCACUGCCCGCUGCAGAACGUCCAGAGUUGGGAAUUGUGUUGGGGAAGCAAUUAAUAAGUUGCAGGUCAUCUGUUCUCCAGCCCUUGCUUUUUCCCUACAGCCCACAAUUUAUUAAACCAGGGUCUUUUGCAAGGCAGGCGCUGUUCUCUCACUCUUAAAAAAAUUCUCAGCCUAUGUUCGCAUGUUUCUAAUGUAACCAUUAAAAUGUAGCCUGAAGACAGCAAUAAAAACCCUGGAACGCCUUAGUGCUUUUGUGUCUUGAUCAAAGUCAAUGUGUGUAAUCUCGUUAAGGCAGCCCUUCCCUCCCCCUUCCUCUUUUUAUGAAUUUAAUGGCAUGCAGCAGCUGGACUGGGUGUUUCAUACUCACCAACCUGCAUUGUUCUAAUUAAGGUAUCUCCUUUUAUUUUGGGUACAAAGGAGGCACGUGUGUGUAUACUGCUGUUUUUUAAAAAAUAGCAAGCAACUAUGGGAUAAUGGAUUUAAUAAUUGCCACGAGUGGCUUUUCUCUGGGUGUAAAGCUAGUUUCCUUCUGGAUGAUGUGAGUGUAGAGAGCGCUGUAUGAGCAGCACACAUGGAAAAUGGGCUCUGCCAAAGGGGCAGCACAUUUCUUGUGUUGUGCAAUAAACAAUUUGUUACACUUAAUUGGGGGGGGGGGGACACUGGCUUCCUUCCUGAUGUGUUUGAACAUUUCUGGAGAUGUGCCAUGCCUUCCCUGUUAUGGAAAAAAAUCAAGCUUUUCCUUCUGUUUCUGUGUUUUAUGUGGCCAGACUAAACGUUAUGUUUGCUUGGAGUUUUGUAUUGUGGGCUAAGUAAAGAAACUGGAAGUAAAAUGGGCAUGGUAUUCUGAAAACUUGGAUAAGAAAAAUGUGUGCAUUCCUGAACCCAAGAAUUUGACAUUCACUAACAUAAAAAGCAUUGAAUGCCUUCCGUUUUUUAUUGGCUUCAGAGGAUUGACUGUAGCAUCCUUGGCCUCAGUUGGUAAUAACUAUAAUUAAUAGGGAACUUUGUAAAGUCCUUUCUUAUCUUUAUCCUUUUUAUCUCGACAAGAAUGUGAUUUCACUCCUUAAGGGCCCUGUCCUCCUUAGUAUCUGACAAACCCUUCUUCAAAGGCUGCAUAUUUGGCGAGUUUACUUGGUCAAGCUGUCAUCAUCAGAGUCCUAUUUGUGAUUUAAUGAAUAGCCCGUGUGAGGCUUUUGUCCCUUAUCCCAUCACUUUUACCACCAAAUGUGAGGUUCUGCCUAAAUCUGUCAUGCCGCCGUAUGUGAAGGCCUUUUUGCUACCAGUGAAAACACCUUCUGUCCCACAAUACUUUGUUAACAGAAGUUGGAUAUAACAAAGCGGAUUCAUAAUUUAAUAUAUUUAAGACAAGACUUCUUCUCAUUCAGUCUUAUCCUAGCUAAGUCAGUCUCUCAAAGCCCACUCAUUGAUUCUUAAACUUGAUAGACUGACUCUGUCAACUCUAACGUCCUUACUCAUUCACACCACACCACACUCUACAAUCUCCAUACCAAUUGUCACCCACCAGCUGAAUUCAAAUUCUUUCAAACUUUCCACAAAUCACCACUCGCUCUCAACAUUUCAUUGAUUCACCCUCCCACCAGCUCCUUGCCUGAUUUAUCUCUAUUACAUAAAUAACCAAAUUACUUUCAUGCAUUAAACAUUUUCCUCCCAAUGUUCAUGAUAUCACGAUCUACCUAACAAGUACCCUACCUUGCUUUAUUGUAAUAGUGUCUAUGAAGUACAAUUUUACAUUAGAUACAAACUAGGUAAGUUCCUGGGCAUUUAUUUCACAUGUAACUACUGCUAUAAUCUUGAAUGAAACACAAUUAAUUCCUUCUCUUUAUUUGUGCCUUCUUCUUUCUAUAUUAUUUCUGCCUUUGAUGCUAAAUUUCCUGUUCAUUUAGCAUCAAAGGCAGAAAUAAUAUAGAAAGAAGAAGGCACAAAUAAAGAGAAGGAAUUAAUUGUGUUUCAUUCAAGAUUAUAGCAGUAGUUACAUGUGAAAUAAAAUCUCAAGGUCAGAUUAUUCUAGAAUAAGUACACAAAAACAUUUUGAGCAUUCUGCAGACAACUUGAAGACCUCCAAAAAAUGUAAAGAUGCCUACUUUGCCUCUUUCAUCACAUAGCAUUUCAUUUGAGCUGUCUAAAUGAGAACAGCUCCUUAAAGGAUUCAGGUUGAGUCAUUGAAAACCUUAAUGCAGAGAAUUAAUUUAUAUCUCACUGGGUUGGGGACUUUAGGAAUUCCUUACAUCCACCCCCUCCUUUCCAGUAACCCAUUUUAGCAACCUGUAAGAGUUUCUUGCUACAAAUUGGGACCUGAUUCAUUGUUCAGUUUCACUGUACAGCCCUGGUACCAUGUGUUCUUUUCUCUUCUUCUGAGUGGAAAAAGUGGGGGAAAUCCUGUUUCUAGCUAUGUGUGCCCACAAACCUUCAUAAAAACAAGUCUCAUUCAUUAUCUGAUGCUUGUGCUCUACUUGAAAUCUGCUAUAUAAAUAUUGUAUUAUAUUUAAUAAUAUUCAGAGCCGAAAUCCAGUUGAGAGCACACUUGUUGAGUCAAAUGCGGAAUGGUAAGUCAGCACUGGCUUAUAUCCCAUUGCUAUUGUGCUUGUCCUCUAGUUAUGAUUAGCAGUUGAAUUUAGACUUAGACAUAGUGUAGUUUAGUGGUUUGAGCAUUGGACUAUGACUCUGGAGACAUUGAUUCAAGUCUUUGCUUGGCCAUGGAAACUCACUGGAGGAAGAAUCACACACUCUCAGCCCCAGAAAAUACCAUUAUAGGGUUGCCUUUUAAAGUGGAGUGCCGGUUCAUGGUCCCUCAGAUUGUUGAGGGGCCGAAUUAUCAUUUGAAAAAAACAAAACGAACAAAUUCCUAUACACACUGCACAUGUCUUAUUAGUAGUGCAAAAAACUCCCAACAACAGCCAUUUAAUUAUUUAUUAUUUAUUUGCUACUAUUAUACCCCACCCUCUCUCACCCCGAAGGGGACUCAAUGGCUUACAAGUUGUAUGUACAUACAACGUUAAGUCCAGUCGUGACCGAUUCAGGGGGUUGGUGCUCAUCUCCAUUUCUAAGCCGAAGAGCCGGCGUUGUCCAUAGACACCUCCAAGGUCAUGUGGCCGGCAUGACUGCAUGGAGCACCGUUACCUUUAAUAUUAUUAAUAUUAAUAAUAAUAUCAAUAUUAUAUGUAUACACAAUAUAUUAUUAUCAUAGCACAAUAUUAGUAAAUGAAUGAACAAUACAAUAUUUAAAAAUAAAAACAAUUUUAACUAAUAUAUACCUAUCAGGAUUUCAGUGGGAAGUUUGGGCCUGCUUCUGGCCAAUGAGAUAGUCAAGUUAAGUAGGAUUGUUGUUGUUGUGUGCCUUCAAGUCAUUUCAGACUUUGGGUAAGUCUAAGUCUAAAACUAAGGGCGGGGACCAGGUAAAUGACCUUGGAGGGCCGCAUCCGGCCCCUGGGCCUUAGUUUGGGGACCCCUGCCUUAGGGUCACUGUACGUUGGAGGCACACACCAUUUUGCAAUCAUAUCUCUUGUCCUACAUUUCCAUUAGAAGGGAUUCUGGAUCUCUUUCACAGGUAUGAUAUCAUUGAUCGAUUUGUCAUUUUAAACUAUAUUAAUGGAAUACAUUAAUUCAUUUGCUACAAAAGAAUUUGUGUCUAUACCCCAAAGAUUCAGCCACAUCUGUAAAGUGCUUUACUAGUUAACAAUAAAAACUCUGUGGUGCUGCUGGAUAAUACCCAAAGUCUUUGGUUUGUAGAUUUAGGUCUGGUUCCAAAGUCCACAAAUAUCAGUGGAAUCACAGCAGGUAAUUAUGUAUUCCCUUCACAUAUAUUGUAUGUGUAUAACACCCCUUACGGUAUCACAGGAGGAUGGGUGACUAAACUAUAGCAGGAAAUCCAUGAAAAGAACUUUUUAAUGGGUUCAGCAUGAAAUACAAAUAAGUGCUUGAGAAUUUAAAGUUUCUCCUCUCUUUAAAAGAAACACUUGUGCAAAUGUCACUUUGGCUACAGUCCUAUAUACUCUGACUUGUUAUAAAAAUCAGAAAGGCUUACAUCUGAGUAUACAUAAUGGGAUUUUUCUAUGAGACAUUUUUCAAGAUUGGAUCCAGUUUGGGUGGAAGUGAACUUCCUUGCCACCUCCUUCUCUUGAUUUCUUGAAAAUGUUGAAUUGUUGUUGUUUCUUUUUAUUUCUUACUUGCCUCUCCCCAAGGCUUGAGGUAGGGUAAAACACAGAGUUAAAAUACAAUGGAUGACUAAAACAUAAAACCAAUUAAACAUAUAGUAUAUAUGUGUACUGAGUGAAUCAAGCAUUUUGGAGAGUUCAGAUCUCAAGAGUGUCUUUUUUUCAAAUAUAUACCUGAAAAGGUUAACAAACUUCAAUUUGAAAAUAAAUGUCUAUACUGUAUAGCAACUGUUUUGAAAUUGAGCUUAUGUUUCACAAGGAGCUCCACUGGCUGCCUUUCAUUUUCCGGUCCCAAUUCAAGGUGUAUACUGUAGAGAAGUUGUGUGUUAAACAGAGAUUAUUGAUAUGAUUUUAUUUAUUUGUUUGUUAAAAGAAAAAAAGGGUUAUAUAUUAGCAAGGAAAAGCCUAACAUGGAAACUAGCUGGAAGCAGCAUUUGGUAGGUUGCCAUGGUAACACAGCUUCCCUUGGGAGAAAAGGGGCGUGGCUAAGAUGACAGUUGGAGGAUAUUCCCUUUUAAAAGUUCAGUUGCUGUGAGAGUUUAAAAAGGACAGUUGCGGUUAGGUUUUGGAAAGAUUAGGAGCUGGGGAAAUCAGCUAAGGACGGCAGCUUAUGGUCACUCAGGGGAAAGGCUAGGAAUAUAAGUUGACCGGGGGAGUUUAGUAUACUGUAUUGAAGAGAAGUUAUUUAAGAAAUAUCCAUUCAAGAAAGACUACAUUGUAACUUAAGAUCCGGAACGUUUACUGAUUGAAACCAUACGCUUAUGUACCAAAAAUAAACUUGAAUUUUGUUAUUGUUCAUAAAGAUAAGUCUCCUUGCCUCUCUGUAAGCCUGUUACCUCACGUUGGUGGCAGUUACCGUACCUAUCUAUAUAAGUUACCGUACUUUCCUAUAUAAGUUACCAUCUUUACUCAUUUAAACCCAAUCAGUUCCGUUAUCCUUCCUUAUCCACUAAAUCAUCCCUGUAAUACAUUCACACAUCCUCCAUCACUCCCUCUCACACGCGCGCACAUCUCCUCAAUUGGUGGCAGCGGUGGGAUUCAAAAGGAUUCCUCCCUGCCACAGCCUCUCUUCAUAUACCAUCACAUAUAAAGCCCUAAACGGUUUGGGACCCACCUACCUUCGUGACCGUAUCUCCUAUCACAAGCCUACACAAUCCCUUCGUUCAUCAGGGGAAGCUCCUGUCCCCACUCCCGAUAUCCCAGACCCGCCUUGUGGGAACAAGGGAGAGGGCCUUUUCUGCUGUGGCCCCCCGAUUGUGGAAUUCUCUGCCCGCUGAGAUUAGGCAAGCCCCCACACUAGCAGCCUUCAAGAAAGACUUGAAAACAUGGCUCUUUUGCUGUGCUUUUAGAGAGUAACCAUUUUAUAUUUCUUUUCCGUUGCUCCCCCUAAUAUCUAUCCUCCAGAAUACCCCACUCCCUUAUGACCCUGUUCGCUGUGGUUUUUAUUUUUAUGUCUUUCUCACCCCGAGUUUUAACUUAAUGUUCAUGUGGUCUGCCCUUGUUUUUAUUGUCUCCUUGUUUUAUUUUGUAAUGGAUAUUAUUAACUGUAUUGCUUAUUGUAUUGUGUUGUGCUGUUCUUUUAUAUGCUGUUUACAUUGUAUUGUUUUGGCCAUGGCCCCAUGUAAGCCGCUCCGAGUCCCCGUUGGGGAGAUGGUGGCGGGGUAUAAAUAAAGUUUUAUUAUUAUUAUAAAAUAA